AUGGUGGUGAAGGCGAUGACAUUAGCAGUGGUGGUGGAGUCGACUUCAAUGAUGGUGAUGGCAACAACAACUGUAAGUUAUGGUGGUGGUGCCAAUAAUGAGGUGUGGUGGUUGGGGUGCAGAGGUUACAAUGGUGGUAACGGUUGUGGGGGUUGUGGUGGUAGUGGUGGAGGUGGUGACAAUAAUGGCGACAGUGACGACAACGGAUGGUGGUGCAAUUGUAGUGCUAGUGGUGUUGGUUGUUGUGGUGGUGGAGGUGGUGAUGAGUAUGGUGGCAGUAGUGGUGAUGACGAUGAUGAUGACAGUGGUGAUGUAAUGUUAGUUAUUGUAGUGGUAGGUGAUGGCAAUAACUUUGUUCUCCAAGAGAAAAUAUAUGUAGAAGCAUAA